AGGUGCUGAGUUUUUAAAAACAAUGCAAUAUAAAGACAAUGCAAUGAUGGCUAAGUGCAAUGCAAUGGUGAGUAAGGGGCAUUUAAAUUAGUCUACUAAGCAAUCUGAUUUUAUAUUUGAUACUUGUCACACAUUUGCUUGCAGUGAUGUAACUUCCAAUAUACUUUACACUGUAAGCGAUGCAACAAAAAUAGAACAUCCCAUAAUAAUCAAAAAGGCAUAGACACUGUGUAAAUAAGAUAUUCAUUGUGCAGUGUAGACAGUUUUGUUGAUUAUAAUGUGAUUAUCCUAGCUUUAGUAGUAGGCUGUGAUAUUACUUUUUUAUUUCAAACCCUGAAUGUGCUUUAACACCUCAGGGCAAUGGCACGCUGUCCCGGCAGCUUCCCAGCAUUCAGGCCAUGUAUAGCUCCAGUGCUGUUUGAACCCAAGCGCUCACCCCUGCUCGUGGAAAAACACAUGCACGCUCACAAUAACACAUCCUCACACUCGGAUAUAAAUAACACCUCAUGUUUAGGUCUUUGCGACCAGGAGUGAGAUCCGUCCAACGUCAGCAUGAGAAGUGUGCACUGGCAGCGUCUUGCAGGAUUCUCUCUCAAUUCUUUCUGCUUCCUAGUCAGUGUGACAUAGACGCUUUUGCUCCUGAUCUUGCUAGAAGCAGACUUCCUCUUCCACAGAUCCUGACUGUAGCUUGUCAGUCCUUUUUGCUUUUAACUAAAUUAUUUUACGCUUCAGGUUGACCUUUGAUUGUUUCUCAUUGUUAGCUCUAGUAGCAUACUGUUUUAAUGAGCUGGCUGAAUGAUCAAUAUUUCUGGACCUUAUCAUUUAAGCUCUUGGGGUCUUGAGUGCUGUCUGAUUUUCUCCAAGGGACAAAGUUUUAAAGUCCCUCCCCAGGGUCUGUGAAUGAUGCAGGACUUCUGGGGAGACAUUGUGAAUCUGAGGACCACCAGAGGAGCUACAAUAUUCUCGGGCAAUGAUGAGGAAGCUGUUGUUGAUCAUGGGAAAACCAGCUCUACCAUCCACACAAACUUUGAAAAAGAGGAACUUGAAAGUCACAGGGCAGUUUACGUCGGGGUACAUGUACCUUUAGGAAAACAAAGCAGACGUAGACAUCGCCACCGUGGUCACAAGCACCAUCGGAAAAGGAAGGACAGAGAAUCCGAGCGAGAGGAUGGGAGGGAAUCGCCAGCGUACGAUUUUCCUAUUUUAAGGGUCCAGUUUAUCCUCGGCACUGAGGAUGAUGAUGAGGAGCAUAUUCCUCAUGACCUCUUCACGGAGCUCGAUGAGCUUUCCUUUCGCAGCGGACAGGCUUACGAGUGGAAAGAGACGGCCAGGUGGUUGAAGUUCGAGGAGGAUGUAGAGGAUGGAGGAGAGCGCUGGAGUAAGCCCUACGUCGCCACGCUUUCCCUGCACAGCCUGUUUGAGUUACGGAGCUGCAUUAUCAAUGGCACAGUCAUGCUGGACAUGAGAGCAAACACCAUUGAGGAGAUAGCAGACAUGGUAUUAGACAACAUGGUGGCAUCUGAGCAGCUGGACGAGAGUUUGAGGGAGAAGGUGCGGGACGCCGUGCUGAAGAGACAUCACCACCAGAAUGAAAAGAAACUCAGCAAUCGCAUCCCGCUCGUACGCUCCUUCGCGGACAUAGGCAAGAAACAUUCAGACCCGCACUUGCUUGAGAAGAAUGGGGAGGGUCUCUCAGCCUCCCGUCUGUCCCUCCUUAGACGUACCUCUUCCACCUCCAGUCCCCCCAGAUCACGCCGUCCCUCCAGAGAGUCCCGCGGUUCCCGUUCCUCCAUUAUUCUCAACCAGCUUCUGCCGAGCGCCAACGCAUCCCUUUCCAUCUCCCCCAAUGCCUCCCCUUUCGCCACCCCUCAAAACUCACCCCCCACCGCCCAGCGCGCUUCAUCAUCUCUCCGCUCCCCAGGACCCUCUCAGCAGGGACCCGAGCUGCUGGUGGCACGGGGAUUGAGAGAGGACAUUCCAGAAGUUGUGGUGUUCCCACCCGAGGAGGAGGAGGAACCGCUCUCACUGUUUUCAGCCCCUCAGGAAGAGCAGGUGGCGCCUGACCCGGGCAGGCUGGCACAGCUCUUGCCCCCACCGCAGUCAGGUCUUCUUGCGUCCCCGCAGUCGGCCCCUGGGGGCCUGGAGAACAGUAAGCCCAGUGAAAGCCGUAUGAACAGCGCUGGUGGCAGCAGGGAAAACAGCACUGUAGACUUUAGCAAGGACAGCCAAUCCCCUUUUCACUGUAGUUGCGGCUCUCUAGGAGGGGGCGGCAAAAGGCCUACUACUAGUUUGAUUUCUGUGCACUUGGUGGACAUGAAUUUCAUGAAGAAAAUUCCUCCGGGCGCUGAGGCUUCAAAUGUUUUGGUGGGGGAGGUUGAUUUCCUUGAGCGUCCAAUCAUUGCCUUUAUCCGUCUCUCACCUGCUGUUCUUCUCACUGGACUGACCGAAGUGCCUGUUCCAACAAGGUUUCUCUUCUUGCUGUUGGGGCCUUUCGGGAAAGGGGGCCAAUACCAUGAGAUUGGCAGGUCGAUAGCUACUUUAAUGACAGAUGAGAUCUUUCAUGAUGUAGCGUACAAAGCCAAAGACAGGAACGACCUUCUGUCUGGCAUAGACGAGUUCUUGGACCAGGUGACAGUGCUGCCUCCAGGAGAAUGGGACCCCACGAUACGAAUCGAGCCACCAAAGUGUGUCCCGUCUCAGGAGAAGAGGAAGAUGCCUUCCAUGCCUAAUGGCUCUGCUCCAUUAUCAGACAUCAUCAAAGAAGAGGAACACAACGCUGGACCUGAACUCCAGAGGACAGGACGGAUAUUUGGUGGACUGGUGCUAGACGUUAAGCGGAAAGCUCCGUUUUACUGGAGCGAUGUGCGGGACGCUCUUAGCCUGCAGUGCUUGGCCUCUAUCCUUUUCCUCUAUUGUGCCUGCAUGUCCCCCGUCAUCACCUUCGGAGGCCUUCUGGGGGAAACCACCAAAAACAACAUAAGUGCCAUUGAGUCUCUGUUUGGAGCUUCGCUGACCGGUGUGGCCUUCUCUCUGUUUUCUGGUCAGCCUCUCACUAUCCUGGGCAGCACUGGGCCAGUUCUAGUUUUUGAGAAGAUUCUUUUCAAGUUCUGCAGUGACUACGGUCUGUCCUACCUCUCUCUGCGCACUAGCAUUGGCCUGUGGACGGCCUUCUUAUGUAUCGUGUUGGUUGCCACAGAUGCCAGCUCUCUAGUGUGCUAUAUAACGAGAUUCACAGAGGAAGCCUUCGCUGCUCUCAUCUGCAUCAUUUUCAUCUAUGAGGCCUUGGAGAAACUCUUCCAGCUGGGGGAGAUGUUCCCUUUCAGCAUGCACGACAAUUUGGACAACCUCACGUUUUACACAUGUCAGUGUUCAUCUCCAUCUAAUAUCACAGAGAAGAUGGUACAGGCAUGGAAUCAGUCUGGUUUUAAUCCCGAGACCAUAAACUGGAGUGACCUUGAUGUGCCAAAUUGCAAGAACCUCCAUGGCGAGUUUGUGGGUCCUGCUUGUGGACAUAAUGGCCCUUACAUCCCUGACGUAUUGUUCUGGUCUGUCAUUCUGUUCUUCACCACUUUCUUCCUUUCAUCCUUCCUCAAGCAGUUCAAGACCAAGCGCUAUUUCCCCACUAAGGUCCGCUCUUCAAUCAGUGACUUUGCAGUUUUUCUAACCAUCAUGAUUAUGGUCUUGGUUGAUUACUUGGUGGGCAUCCCCUCUCCUAAACUACACGUCCCAGAUACCUUUGAGCCCACCUCUAAGAACCGUGGCUGGCUGAUCUCACCUCUUGGUGAUAACCCCACAUGGACGUUAUUUGCAGCAGCCAUCCCUGCCCUCCUGUGCACCAUCCUCAUCUUCAUGGAUCAGCAGAUCACCGCUGUCAUCAUCAACCGUAAAGAACACAAGCUCAAGAAAGGCUGUGGGUAUCAUCUUGACCUCCUGGUGGUGGCUGUGAUGCUCGGCGUGUGUUCUCUGAUGGGCUUGCCCUGGUUCGUUGCUGCCACUGUCCUCUCCAUCUCUCACGUCAACAGUUUGAAGGUGGAGUCAGAGUGUUCAGCCCCGGGAGAGCAGCCAAAGUUUUUGGGCAUUCGUGAGCAGAGGGUCACUGGCCUCAUGAUCUUUGUGCUUAUGGGUCUGUCUGUCUUCAUGACAUCCAUUCUAAAGUUUAUCCCAAUGCCCGUGUUGUAUGGAGUGUUCCUCUAUAUGGGUGUCUCCUCACUCAAAGGCAUACAGUUCUUUGACCGUAUUAAGCUGUUUGGGAUGCCGGCAAAGCACCAGCCUGACCUGAUCUACCUGAGAUACGUGCCGCUGUGGAAGGUUCACAUAUUCACAAUAGUUCAGCUCACCUGCCUGGUACUGCUGUGGGUCAUCAAAGCGUCUGCUGCCGCAGUGGUCUUCCCUAUGAUGGUUCUUGCUCUGGUAUUUGUGAGGAAGCUUCUGGAUUUCUGCUUCACAAAGAGGGAGCUUAGCUGGCUGGAUGACCUUAUGCCAGAAAGCAAGAAGAAAAAAGAAGACGACAAAAAGAAAAAGGCAAAAGAGGAAGCACAGCGCAUGAUGGAGGCUGAAGGAGGACUGGAGAUCCCUUAUGAUAAUGGGGACCACCUCGAAAUCCCUGUGAAGACCCUUAAAGUCAGCACUGACCCCUCUGUGGUUAACAUAUCUGAUGAGAUGGCCAAAACUGCUGCGUGGAAAGCUGUUGCCAUGAGCUCUGACAGUGCCAAAGUAUUGAAACCUAGUGCCAGUGAAGAGAAGACGGCUUGUAUUAAGAUCAAUGUGGAGGAUGAGCAGGGGGAUAAAUGUGUGGAUACAGAGACGUCAUUAUGAGAGACAGACUUUGAGAGCUCACUGUGGACAUGUACAGGGCCCUUCCCAGAGUCCUCUAGUCUGGAACAGUGUUUCUCUUUUGUGUGUGCCCUACCAACCUGCCAAAGUCAAGCCAAAGGUAGAGACACCCGAUAGAGGGCUGAGAAAUGACUUCCAGGUAUAUUUAUCUGUUUCUAUUUUUAAUCACACCAACAAACCCUUUUUUAUUUUGUUCAAUUUGUUUUUAAUAUGCAUAAAGCACCAUGAUUUCAGACAUUUAGGGUAUGUUAUGAAGAACUCUUCAGACUCUUGUUUCAUAUUUUUAUUUUAUUUUUCUCAAGAUAAUGAAGACAGUCUUUUAAGGUUAGUUUUACACUCUAAAAUCCUGUUUCUCACGGUACCACAGUUUUCAGAUCAUAACCUAAGAUAUUUUUCUUUCAGUAUAUUAAAAUGCUGUUUGUAGAGUGCUGCUUUUAAAAAAAAUUAAUAAAUGCAUCUAUGAGAAAAUGUCUCGUUGAGGCCAAAGGUGGUGACAUUAGGCUGCAUGACUGUCCUACUAGAAAAAGAGCGUGCAAAGCUAACACUUCAAAAUGUCAAAUGAAGGACAUAUUAAACCUAAAUACAAAGUAAAUUAUUAUUAUUCUUAUUGUACUUGUAAAAAUUUUAUUCCCUAUGAUUAUCUGACAGAUUACUUGAUUUAUGUACAAAUACUAUAUUAAAACAAAACAGUGCAGAAGGAGAACAAACAAUAAAUUCUUGCAGUCACUCUAAAAAAAAUAAAUAGUAAGAAAAAUUCAAACUUGAGUAAUGUAAAUUGCACCAGAUUGUGUUAGAGUUCUUCCCCACAUUCAUUCAUGUGUUUACAUUGUUUCUCUGUUUUAGUGUUAUAAAAUAGAAUUUUGUAUUGUUAGUACGUAUGAUUUUUAUGAUGUGUUAAUCAACUAAUUUAUUAAUGGUCAUUUAAUGGUCAAGUAGGCGACGCAGAGGCGUGAUGGGGCAGAAGGACUGCUGCAGUGUUGUUGGCCUGUCAUUUAUUUCCUCUUCUGUUACUGGUGUUAAUGUGCACUUUAGGUAGGCUUGCCAUCAUGGCUGUAGGCCUGACAACAACUUAUUUAAUCUAGAGCAGUCUCAGGAAACUCCUUUUUUGCACUCUUUCCCCACACUACUUUGUUCGGAAAAAAAAAACCAUGUCCUCCUUUUCGCUUUUUUUUUUUUGCGAUUCUGAGGUGAAAGAAUCUGAAUUGCGAGAUGUAAACUCAGAAUUACCUUAUUUGUUGUUGUUUUUUAUUUUGUGGUGGAAACUUCUAUAGCUUUAGGAGUUGCCAAGUAUAGUUCAUUUGAAUUGAGUAAUUUGUUUGCAGUAGUAAGCUAGCUUACUGCCCUCAUGCUCACACAGCACUUCAUAGAUCCCACAGUGACAAUGAAAUACCUCUGACUACUACACUGUGUGUGAAAGCACUCUUUGAUUUGUAAAUCACUAGGUUCAUUCUGUACACUUUCACUCUUGCAGCAAGUUGCUUGUUAAAUGUGAUCAGUAAAUGCUGGAGUCUGUGGGUGGGAAUGAAAUUGAAUAUCCGGAAGAUGGUUUUCAAUCAUAUGCGGUUAGUAUCUUCCUUUGUUAGCCUCACAGUAAGACACUGAACAAGUAUUGCUGCCGUGGUGUUCUGAGCUUCUGUCUGCACAAUGUACAUGUACUUUUACAGAAUUCUGCCCAGUUCAGAUGUUUCCCUUGUGAACCGGCCAAAUCAAGAUAAAUGUAGGACAUAAAGUUUUGAAUUUGUACAAUAUAUACACACAGGGGAGAGAGCUGUCUUUUGUAAUGUUGACAUUAUUAAAGGAAAAAAAAUGACAUGUCUUUAAUC